UAAAAAAAUAUGCUUUGAGAAAUUUGCAUUAUCUCUUUCUUUAAAAGAUUCUUGUUGCAUCCUAAAAGAUAAGUCAAUUAUUGAAAUUAAAAAUAUUGUAUAUUGCCCUAGAUUACAUCAGAAUGUAGUAAUAGGUUCAGAAUAUCAGAGUAAAUCUGACUUUUUUAACAUUCCUUGUAAUUCAUCAAACUUGGAUAUAUUUUUAGUAGAAAAUUUAAGUACUUUAAAAUAUUGGCCAAUAUCAGAUAUAGCAUUAAAAUGCUGUAGAAUGCCUUACAAUAACAAAUUUGUAGUUGCACCUCUACUGCACUGAAUAGUAAUAUAUGUAACAAUUAAGAUGCUUCCUGCAUGGUGAUUCGGUAUUUAUUAAGGUUGAUCUUACCCUACUGAGAAAUGUUCCUUGACCAUUUUUUAAAUACUUUUUAAUUUUCUUUUAAAAUUACUUUUAAAUAGUCCCAGUUCCAGUUAUUUAAAAGAGUUCCAUCAUAUAUAUUGAUUCAGUAUAGGCUCGUAGUUAAAAUUAGAAUAAAUUAUUAUACGUAAACCUUUUACACCAACUAACUCUCAAUUACAUAAAAAAGAAAUUACAAAAAAUUGUUAAAAAAUGGUGAAGAAAUGUUCGUCAUUAUAGUAAGAUCAACCUUAAAGUUGGUUUAUUUUUUAUUAUCAAGAAAGAGUUGUUAUAUUUGUAGCUUCUGUAUUUGUGAAAUAAAAAAGUGGAGAUAUGCAUGCAUGUUAGGCUGAUAUUAAAAAAAUUAAAACUGCACCUAUGGUUAUUUUGGGUAUAUGCAGCCUGUAUUUUAUUGUUUUUAUUAUUUUUAUUACCUUAUUUAUUGAAGAGCACUACUGAACUAUUAUCAGGAAGCAAUCUUAUUGCACAUAAAAUCAUAAAAUUCUACAAUAUUUUAAUAAGUUACAUAUCUUUUUUUUAUGGAACACUGGAAACCUACAAAGAAUUUGUUGAAGAAAUGCCUUGGGUUGUUUUGAGAUUUCCAGAAAGUGAAACAAUUGAGGCAGUACCAGCUAAGUGGUAUGACAAAGCAAACAAACUUUGUAAAUUUCCUCCCGUGGACGAUCAUACUGAGAAGGAGUUAUCCAACUUUAUUAUUGAAGAAUAUGACCCCUUAGAGGAAUGGCCAAUACAUGAGGCAGUGUUAGAAAGCCAGACAGAAUUUGUACUGUUUAACAAAGCUCACAUUAGAGCUAGUAAAGCGUGCAAUAGCCAGAAUUACAAAUCAGAUAAAGAAACUGUGUUACCACAAAAGAGACCUCCUAAACCAAGGAAAAUAGCGAGCAGUAGUAGUGAGCAGGACUCAGAUGGGUCAGAUCUGGUUUUUGAACAUUCAUUUCCUAAGUCUAAGAAAGAACAACAUGAAAAGUGUACCCCAUCUAAAUCAAGAACUCAUCCAAAUAUUGGAUUAGAAAACAAACAGGAAGUAAAAACCGUGCAAGAAACUUCCAAACCCACACCAACAAAUGCCAAUGCUCAAGAAACUGCAAUUUCAUAUUUAAUAAGAAUAAAAAGAACGUUAGAAUUACAAGAACAAAAACUUAGUGAAAUUGACAGAAAAGUGGAUGAAUUGUCCACUAUAAUCAGAGGGCAACAAAAAAGUACAGAUAUAACUGAUGAUGAAGUUCAUAAGAAAUUACCUCUAUCCACCUUAGAAGAACUAGGAGACGUUGAAAAGCUACUAGAAAAUGCUACAAAUCUAGACAACUUUGUUAUUUACAUGCGUCAGGUGGGAGGUUUUGAUUACAAGGAAAGUGUCAGGAGAUGCUUGAAAAAAAUCUUCAAUGAUCAAUUAGCAGUUAUCUACAGUUUUCAAGGUCAUAAGGGGAAAAUCCCUUUAAUAAGACUCUAAUUUGCACUGCCGUAAUAAAAUCUAUAUUGAAACUACAUAUAGAUUGUAUAUCUAAGGAAGUCGAAGUAGCCAUAAGCAAAUGGCUGACAAAAGCCAAAGAGAGGAUGAAGAAAAACGAAGAACACACAAUUAAUUUUAAUUUGGAAAUAAAGAGUUAAUUAAUAUUA